CUCGAGUCACGUGAUGUGACAGAACUGAUUAUCCCAAGAGAAUAUUGCGGCUAAUUAUCCUCUUCCUCCCAUGGAGGUUCCCUCCCCGAAUAAUCAGCCGUCUCUGUCUACCCCGGCGGCAAAUGUUGCCGGCAGCGGCGGAAUUCAUCCCACCGCCGCCGCAGAUCCUUUCAAUUUACCUCCCGGUUAUUGCUUUCGCCCUACUGACAAAGAGCUCAUUCUGGAAUAUCUCAAGAAGAAGAUACUGGACAAGGAAUUGCCUCCCAAUCGAAUUGUGGAAGUGGAACUCUACAAGCAUACCCCGGAGCAGCUUUCUGUAAACAAUGCAAUGGUUGGAGAAAACGAAUGGUACUUUUUCACAUCGAGAGAGAAAAAGUACCCGAAUGGAAGCAGACCGAAACGAGCGGCUGGGAGUGCCGAACCCGGGUCUACGAAUGGGUACUGGAAGGCAACCGGAAAGGACAGAACCAUUCAAGACGGGGGGAAGACCAUAGGCUUUAAAAAGUGUUUGGUGUUCUAUGAAGGAAAGCCAUCAAAUGGUAAAAAGACCUCGUGGCUCAUGCAUGAAUAUAGAGUGGAUGCCCCAACAUCAACAAAUGCGGGAGGCAAUUACCCAAGAAUGAUGUUGGACAAGUGGGUGCUUUGCAAGAUCUACAAGAAAACCCUCUCUGGAAAGAAAGAUGCAAACAAAGAAGAAGACUCGGGAGCCAACUCAACAGAUGAACUUAUUCAGAGUUUCCAGCCACUUUCCUACUAUCAUGAUGACAUGGAUUACUUUCGCAAUUCAUUCCAGUAACUCUGCUCAUCACUGACUAUGAUAAUGUCUACGUACCGGUAGCUAUAUAGGCUUAGAUGUAGUAGUUAAUUAGCUAGGUUUAUUCAUGAGCCAUGCUUCUUGUACACAUUCAUAUACUAUACACACAUGUGAACAUAAGAAGUUGUGUUCUACUCCGUAUUAAUAACUUGUUCACAUAGAAUAUGUUUUGUCUUUGAACAUAUUAUUCAUAGAAAAAAAUAGCAUAUUCACAGACGGAUAUAUGAAGUGUGUACAAAAAAGUGUGUAAAACAAUUGUUUUUUUAUUGAUUGCC